CAGGCCAAACAGCAACAAUGUCAUUUCCGCAUCCGGCACCAAACACACUAAAAAGAAGGAGCAAUUACCAAACCCAAUCAACCACUGAACUGUCAACGUAAUAUCCACGUUCCCCAGAACCCCAUAUUCCUCGUUUUCACCGAAUAUUCUCUCUCUCUCUCUCUCUCGUUUCAGCCGUGUGACUCAGGGGACGCUCUACUAUUGUCCUCUCUCUCUCCACCCUUCAAUUUCUUCUCCUUCAACUUAAUGCCACUCCAGGGAUGCUGAGUGUUUAUUAGGAUUAUUGAUUAGGAGAUAUCAAUGGGAGGUGAAACGGUGAAUGGAUCAUGGUUCAGUGCUUUGUGGCCCAUCUCCCGCAAGAGUGCAUCAGAUAACAAGGCAGCAGUUGGAGUUUUGGGAUUAGAAGUUGCGGGCUUGAUGUUGAAGGUGGUUAAUUUAUGGCAGUCUUUGAGUGAUGGGGAGGUAUUGAAUCUGAGGGAAGGGAUAGUGAACUCAGUUGGGGUCAAAAUGCUGGUGGCUGACGAUGAUGAUUACUUAAUGGAACUUGCAUUGAAUGAGAUACUUGAUAACUUUCAAUCCCUUGCACGGUCUGUGGCCAGGUUGGGUAAGAGGUGCAUGGAUCCAGUCUAUCAUCGUUUUGAUCAUUUUGUUGGUAACCCGGCUCAAAAUUAUUUACAGUGGUCUGGGUGGGAAUAUAAAUGGAAAAGGAUGGAGAGGAAAGUUAAGAAAAUGGAAAAGUUUGCUGCCGCUAUGACUCAAUUUUGCCAAGAGCUUGAGGUACUGGCAGAGGUUGAACAGACUUUCAGGAGAAUGCAGGCAAAUCCUGAAUUGCAUCGGGUGAAAUUGCUCGAGUUUCAGAAGAAGGUCGUGUCGCAUCGACAGGAAGUGAGAAAUCUGAGAGAUUUGUCUCCCUGGAAUAGAAGUUAUGAUUAUGUUGUCCGGUUGUUGGCAAGAUCACUGAUUACAAUACUGGAGAGGAUCAUACUUGUCUUUGGAAAUAUUCACCUACCAACUUUACAGCAACAAAAUGAUUCUCAGCAUAUGAAUGCUGAUAAUCUUCUGCGCAGUCAUUCCUUUUCUGCUCUUAUGCAUUAUUCUGUUCAUCCUUCUGAGAAUGAUCUCUAUGGAUUCAAUUCAGGAACUGUUGGGAGGAGGCCAAUAUCAAACUCAGGCUUUUUAGUUGACAAGAGCAAAAGAAAUAAGAAAAAGCAGCAGGCUCUUCAUCCACCAGUUAUAUGUGGAAAUCGUCUGCAUUCAGAAAGCAAGCAGUUUGGACAUAUUGGGGCCUUUAUAGGUUGCAUGUCUGUUGCAAACAAUUCUCCUGUCAUACAGAGCUGUGUGCAGACAAAUGGUGGGUCUAUGAGGUUGAAUGAUUGUCAUUUGAAAUAUAUUGAUAAAAUGAAAACAGUGGAUAAAUUAUCUCUCUCCAACAGGAUGAGAAUAUAUUCUAAAUUAUCCAUCAACAAUCGGUUAAAGCCAACAUCACUUACCCUUGGUGAUGCAGCUUUAGCCCUACACUAUGCAAAUAUGAUUGUGUUGAUCGAGAGGAUGGUGUCAUCACCUCACCUGAUUGAUCUUGAAUCAAGAGAUGAUCUGUACAGUAUGCUUCCGACUUCUAUAAGAGCUGUUCUGAGGUCUAAGCUUAAGUGGUAUGCGAAAAGUAAAUCUUACUCCAUCUAUGAUGCAAACCUUGCAAAAGAAUGGAGUCUGGUACUCGCACAGAUAUUGGAAUGGUUGGCUCCACUUGCACAUAACAUGAUAAGGUGGCAUUCUGAGAGAAAUUUUGAGAAGGAGCUUACAACUUUGAAGUCAAAUAUUUUACUCGUCCAGACUCUUUACUUUGCAAAUCAAGCAAAAACUGAAGCUGCAAUGAUCGAUCUUCUUGUAGGUCUUAACUAUGUAUGCAGGAUUGAUAGAAAAGUUGGCAUAAGAGAUACACUGGAGUUUGCUUGCACUAGAUCUUUUAACGAUGUUAGUUUAAGAAAGAAUGGACUGUACAAUAAAUUUUUAUAGACUAUGAUGUUUCCAAUGUCCAGAGGUUGAAUGCCAUCAGCGUUGUAUAGCUAUUGUUUUAAAAUGAAAGGCUUUGCCAAAAUAGUGCUUUUAAUAUUAGUAGGUUGAUUAAAUCCUUAGGUUAUGUUUGGAUGAAUCAAUUUAGUUUA